CGGCACAGCCCCUGGUUUCCGGGUCUCGGGACCCCGAAACGCGGCAGCUGUGCUUUAUUCACAACCAACACGAUCUCACAUACAGAACUCGUUGAAUUUUUUUACAAGUAGAAUGGGCCCAUCGAAGAAAUCCCAGAGACGUGCUAAAGCGCCAUUGCCAUUGAGGUCCCGCACAACAAGAUCCAAGGGUAGACCUAUAACAGAUCCAGAACAGAACACUCAACUUCUUACGGAGCAACUUCGCUCGCAGGGUCUCUACGCUGCACAAACAGUGGGCGAUGGCAAUUGCCUAUUUCGGGCUCUCUGCGAUCAAUUCUAUGGCUCGCCGUCGCAGCACCUCCAGCUGCGCCAAGAUAUAUGUGACUGGAUCGAGGGCCAUGCGCAGCGCUAUCAACCCUUUUGUGAGGAUGAACGUGGACUAAGCGCCCACUUGCGGUGCAUGCGAGAACAAGGCACUUAUGGCGGGCACCUUGAACUUUCUGCAUUCGCGCACUUUGCGCGAAGGAAUGUCAAGGUUAUCCAGCCUGGAUUGGUAUACGUCAUUGAGUGGAAGGCGGGUGCCGAGAGCGAGGACCAGUCAUCAUCUCAAGAUAACGAGCGAGAUGCGCGGAGGAAAAAGAGGCAGCAGCAGCGCGACGAGAUGAACGAUUCGCAGGAGUCGGAGGGAACGAUAUACGUGGCGUCAGUCAUCAUUUCCCCCGGUAUGCCUAUUGGCUACGCGCUAACCUGCCUUUCCAGAUAUCAUGACUGGGAACAUUUUUCUUCAAUACGAAACUUGAGAGGGCCGCACGCUGGUCUUCCCGAGGUUUGCGAGCUACCCGCCGACGCAGUACCGCCUGCCGCUUCGCCCGCCAAGAAGAAAGCAGUCUCCCGGAGCAAGGCCAAAUCUGAUCUCAAGAGUUUUCCCAAGAAUAGUCAAAUCGACAAUGUUAAAUCGAAUCGUGAAAAUACACCACCAACACCUGCACAUGUCCCACUCCCCAUGUCCCGUUCACCCUCACCCCUUUCUUCCACUGGUUCCUUGAACAUCGAGGUGGACUCACUACUUCCCGUCCCCGGUCAGCCGACCGGUCCCCAUCAAUCUUUUACAUCGAGUAUCAGAACUCAUCGGUCACCUAAGCGUUCUUUCGACGAAUCAUCUGGAUCGUCGACAUCUGACGCGAUUUCUAAGCGAACGCGAACACGAACCUCACGACGCUCGCCCUCUCGCACACCCUUGAGUCAAGUCAAGGCAGAUGAUGACAUGGAUGACUCGACCCCUGACCUCUCCACCCCCGGCUCCUCCGCAGAAUCCAGCCGUUCAUCAUCUGCCGCUUCAUCUCCGCUUCCUAGUACCCCUCCCGCAUGCAAUACGCCGCCUCCCGAAACUCAUAAACCCCUCACUCGACGCCAGCGCAAGUCUCUCGGUCUUCCAAAGUCACGUACUGCGUAUAUGAGCGCAGGAAAGAUUGUCAUUCCUGGCGGGAAAUUCAAGAAAGCUUCCAAAGCGGCUGAUGAUGAGGAGUGGCAGACGAAUGGCACCGGGCGGCUUGACGUGCGCGGAUUUCGCGAGCUCAAGAUCUAG